GGGGAGUCGUUGGCGGCGGGUGCUGCGGAACCACUGCGUCCACGGGAUCCGGGAGCGCCCCACCGCCCCGCACGGGACCCUGGCUGUCUUUGGGGGCAAAGGGCUCGUGGUGCUGGAGCUCUGCGUGCAGGGCCAGGAAGUGAGUCUGACCGAGCGCUGCCAGCUCCGCCAGCUGCACGACUGGAUAUGGGACCUGCAGUGGCUGGUGGGCAGCUCAGGGACCCUCACGCACGUUGCCUUGGCCCUCGGCCAUAACUCUGUGGCCCUGUAUGACUAUGCCAGUCACAGGACCCUGCGGGAGGUGCACUGUGAGGAGAAGUGCAUCCUCUACUCCGCUUAUCUGGCUGGAGACAGCUGGGACCAGCUGGCAGUAGUGGCUGGGACAGUCUUUAACCAGCUUGUUGUCUGGCGCGUGGCCGAUGGGGACGACGACGAAGCAAGGAUCAAGCCCCAGAGGAGGAUCAGUGGACACGACGGAGUCAUCUUUAGCAUCUCCUACUUGAAGAGCAAAGGUAUAUUGGCCUCCGCCUCAGAUGACCGGAGCAUUAGGGUGUGGGAUAUUGGGGACUUGCACGCGCCUUGUGAUCCAGUGCGCUGCCUCCUGGUGUGUUAUGGCCACCAGUCGAGAGUCUGGUCUGUCAGGUUGCUGAGCGACUGUCUCAUCAGCAUUGGGGAGGACUCUGCCUGCAUUGUGUGGAACUACAGUGGCGAGAUUGUUCAGAGCUUUAGAGGGCAUAAAGGGCGCAGCAUCAGGGCAGUGGCUGUCCACGAGGCACGGGGCUGGGUGGCCACAGGUGGGGCGGACACUGGGGUUAGACUCUGGCACAUGAGAGGAUCUGAGCCCAGUGGGAAUGGCCUUGUGCAGCUAAACUUCAGCUCACGCCGUAGGAAUGGAUCCCCCAAGGCCGUAAAGCUGGUGGACGCCAGCCGGCUUCUUGUGAUGACUGAUGCGGGGGCCAUCUACAGCUACGACUCGGCCUCCGGACACUGGGCUGUGGUCCUGGAGGAUGCAAACUAUCAGUCCUACUGCCUCCUGGAAGUUGUGCAGCUGGCCACGGGCAGCGUGCUCUGUGCCUUGGGCAAUCUGACGGGGCACGUCAAAGUCUUCCCCCUCUGCUGCCCCACAGAAAGUGAAGAGAAGAGGCUUUAUGGGGGGAAGGUCCACAGCCUGAGCUGGGCAGCGUGCCCAGGCAGGGAUCCCGGCAGGCCUGCGCUCUUUGCCUCUGGCCCAGGGGGUGUCCUCCUCUGGCUGGAGGUCUCAUGCCAUUCCUCCGGACAAGUGGCUUCGGUGGUGGAGAGAGGCUGCUUUCUCUUGCCAGUCUGCCGGCACAGGUGGCAUACAAGCAUUGCCUUCUUGCCUCAGGGAGGCCUUCUGGUCUGCGGUGACCGCAGGGGCUCCCUGCUGCUGUUUGCCCACAGCACGGCUCUGGGAUCUGGCGCAGAACAGGAAACGAAGGCUACCCGGGGGGAUGGCGACUCCGGUGACAAGCCAGGUUUGAUUCCUUUCCAGGAGAAAGGAGCCUGCCCCUUGCAAGGCCCCGUUUCUCUGCUCUUCGGGCUUGAUGGGAAGCUAGGUGUGACCUCAGUGAUCUACCACGAGGGCUACGUCUAUAGCACGGGCAGGGACGGGUCUUACCGGCAGCUCCGCGUGCAGGAGCAGCAGCUGCAGGAGCUGAGGAAGCAGAAGCCGUGCAAAGGGCUGGAGUGGAUCCAGCAGCCGUACCUCGAUCUUCCUGAUGCUGGAGCCUGCCCGGAGGCUGCUGCUUGUGGCUGGGGCCUUUCACCACCAGCGCUGCGUGCUGAAGGCGGAGACGUUUGA